AUGGAAUUGAUGUCAAGUUCGUGUGAUGUUUUAUGUAAUGGAUCUGUGGAAAUCGAAAAAUCAACAUCGUCUACAUUACACUAUAUAGCUGAAAAUGUUACAAAAGCAGUUAAAACUAUAGCUAAACAACGUAAUUUAGAAACAACUGUUGUAUUUGAUCAUGUAGCUCCUAUUGACAUUUGCGUUUUUGGACGCUCUGGCAUAGGUAAAUCAACGUUAAUCAAAGCUAUUACUAAUCUAGAUAUUCCAGAAUCACCUCAAAUCGAUCAUGUUACCGAAGUAGUAACAGAAGUGACUACUUAUAUUGGAGCAUUAAAAGUUCGUUUUUGGGAUACGAAAGGAAUCGAUAAUUGGCUAGAUAUAGAUAUUAUUGAUAAUAUGUUCAAUGAAAUGAAUAAACUAAAUGUAAAACCGCUUUUCAUUAUUUAUUGUGCAGCGACCAACGGACGUGUUGAUAGUGAUAUUGCUGCUGGGAUAUUAACCCGUUUCCAACGACAAAAUAUACCCAUCUGUUAUGUUAUUACAAACAUUUAUGCAGCAAGUGAUGAGCAAUUAGAACAACAAAUUGAAGGUGGACGAAGAAUCAUGAAGCGAGUUUUUGGUUCGUCACCAAAAUCAAACGGAGAUUUAUAUUACACAUACGAAAAUACAUGUACUGCAAACGAAGGAUAUUGCAAGGAAGGAAUUCUUAUUGGUGUUAAUUCUUGUGUAUUUUCCAAUAGAAUGGGAACACAACCUUUAUUUAAUAUACAUGAAUUAAUGGAUUUUUUAGCUGGCGCUUUGAAAGAUGAAGAUUUUACGAAAUUUGUUGCUUUAACAAUGGCUAAUCGAGAUUUUUGGGAUAGAGCAAAGGAUGCAAUUCGAACACGCGUUUUAAGAAUCACCGACACAUUAGAUAGUUGGAAAAUAAAAACUGGUUCAUUUAUUAAACGAUUAUUCGGCCGUGAAUAA